CCUUUUUGCCGCCCCUCAGGUGAGGCCCUGCCCCGAUCCCGCUCCUGGGGAGGCUCGCAGGGCGCGAGAAGGGAUUUUAGGAAGGGUCACGAUGCGGGAAAAGGGAUUCUAGGACGGCUCCGAGGAUGCUCCAGGCAGGAGAAAGGAUUGAAUCCAUCCCAGGCUGGGCAAACCUCCGCGAUGGAGCGGCCCUGCCCUGCCCUUUUCGAUUUCAUGAACCAUUAUCUACCAUUAAACCCAAAGAUUCCGCCCCGGAGCUCCCAAAGCUGCGAUUUCCCCCGUGUUUGGGGCUUUGAGGGAUGCCCAAGAAAUUCCAGGGGGAGAACAGCAAGUCGGCGGCGGCGCGCGCCCGCAGGGCCGAGGCCAAGGCGGCGGCGGAGGCGCGGCGGCAGCAGGAGCUGGAGGAUGAGCUCUGGAAGGACGAGGACAAACACGUCCUGAGGAAGGAGCAGAGGAAGGAGGAGCGCGAGAAGCGGCGCCUGGAGCAGCUGGAGCGCCGCAAGGAGCUGCAGCGGCUGCUGGAGGAGGAGGACGCCAAGCUCAAGGGGAAAGCUCCGCGGCAGGGAAGCGCCGGGAAGGUGACGCGCGCCCAGAUCGAGGAGAACGUCCGCAGGGAGCCGCGGGAAAGCGCGGACGCAGCCGAGAAGGAGAAAUCCCACCUGGAGCUGCCGCUGGAGGAGAACGUGAACCGGCGGCUGCCCGAGGAGGGCGCGGUGGAGGCGCGCAGCAUCGAGGACGCCAUCGCCGCCCUCAGCGUGUCCCAGCCCCUGGAGCGCCACCCCGAGCGCCGGCUCCGCGCCGCCUUCGCCGCCUUCGAGGAGCUGCAGCUGCCGCGGCUGCGGCGGGAGCACCCCAACAUGCGGCUGAGCCAGCUGCGCCAGCUGCUCAAGAAGGAGUGGCUGAGGUCCCCCGAGAACCCCCUGAACCAGCGGCACAAAGCCUACAACAGCCCCCCGUAGCCCCCCGGAGCCCCCCGUAGCCCCCCGGAGCCCCCGGACUGCCCUUCCCGCCGGGCUUCCCCCGCCGCUCCCUGCUGCUCGCCCGGGGCCGCUCGGGGUCGGACUGAUGGCGCCUUCUCCUUCCCGAAAUCCCCCGGAGCAGCAGCUCCCAGCAGCUCCCGGUAGCUCCCGGGCUGCCCUUGGCAUUCCCUCCUUGGAGUUCUGGAGCCGCCGCGUGGGAAACGCUCCCGGGGUGGGACCCGAGGAGAUCCCGGACCCUGGAUCGCCCUUGGGUGUCCCUGCUCCUGUUUUCUUUGGGGUUGGGAUAUCCCUGAAUUCUCUACUCCCAUUUCCUCUGGGGUAUCCCUGAAUUCCCUGCUCCUGGUUCUUUGGGGUUGGGAUAUCCCUGAAUUCUCUACUCCCAUUUCCUCUGGGAUAUCCCUGAAAUCCCUGCUCCCGUUUCCUUUGGGGUUGGGAUAUCUGUGAUCCCAUUUCCUUUGGGAUUGGCCUAUCCCCACAAUCCCUGGUGCCAUUUCCUUUGGGACUGGGGCUAUCCUUGGUCCUUUUUCCUUUGGGAUUGGGGCAGAAGCGUUGGGAAGAGGGAGAAUCCCUCAGGGAGGAGUGGGAAAAGCCUUUCCGGGGUGGGGACAGCAGUGCCAGGCACUCCAGGUGACAUUCCCGCUGUCCCCUGCAAUGCUGGAGCCCCAAAUCCACCCGGAGGAGGGAAAUUCCUGCUGUUCCCAUCCCUUUUCCCCUUUCCUGAUCCCGGGCUCAGGAGCCUUGGGAAGGGGAGGUGACGUUCCCGGGGUCCCUGUGGGAGUGCUGAGCUCCCUGGGGAACGCCGGGAUCCUCGGGAAUGCCGAUCCUGGCGUUCCCCCCUCUCUCUUCCCCAUCCUUUGGGAAUGAAAUUCCUUCCCAGGAAUCGGCCUGGAGGUGCCACCGGGCUUCCCAAAAUCCCAUGGGAUUCAUCCGGGCUCGUCCUUUUCCCUCUUUUUGGGGCUGCCCCCCCUGGGCUGGGCCCUGUUCCCGCAUCCCAGAAUUCCCAAAUCCAGCCAGGGAGGAAUGCCCCCCCCCCACCAGCCCUUUGUGUGAGUUUGGUGUGUUUGAAUCCAAUUAAAAAUUUAAAGAAA